CACGCCCUAGAUCGCUUUUCCUGUGUGCGAUUGGUGAUGCCUAACACCGUCUUGUUUUCAUGGAAAAGCUUGCUGGCUGGCUCUGGCAAAUGGAGAGGUUGAUGUUAGAGCAGUGACACCAAAUACGAGACAGUGAAGGGCCAGUGAACCUGCAGCUUUUGGCCAUGGAUACUUGUGCUCGUAUUAAAGGAGUUCCAGUUAGGUCUCGUGCCACUGUUCGAAAAGAGAUUGUGCGUGAGAGUGGAGUGCACAGUGUUAAGAGCCUUUUUAGAAACAAAAAAGAUCUAUGCAGCAUUUGCCUAGAACUGCCGACCAGAGACACCGCAAGGCUGACAGAGAUUAAUUUUGUGUGUCUGCCAAGUCAGUGUGAAGGAGAGGAGGCCAGUCAUCAGACUCUGUUGUCUUUACCAGUGGGACUGUGUGAGCUCCUCAGGCCACAUCAUAUCCAAAACCUAAAACAGGAUGAGGUUCUGCUACUCAAAGACUAUCGCCGCAUUUUGGACCACAAGGAUGGUGCUUCUCAGGUUCUGUGUAAAGCAGUGUGUGUGAUGAGGCAUAGUCCUACAGGUGCAUCCCCUCAGUCCGGUGUCUCUCAUCUCCUGGGCCUGCUGGGCUGUUAUAUGGCAGGUAUCCGAUUCGCUUUAGAACAGCAUGUUCCAAGAGGAUUCUCUGGGAGCAGUCAUCAGGAGGAGGACGACACCAAUCAGUCAGUGUCAUCUAUUGAAGAUGACUUUGUGACUGCUUUGGAGCAUCUGGAGGAAGAUGAGACAGGAGACAACCCUGGUGCAGCUUCCUUUCGGUAUUUUAAGAAGCGUGAUGUGGCAUCACAGACCAUUCCAUCUCAUAAGAGAAAAAAGGAAUUGUUGGGCUCUCGAGUCAUCAUAAGUUCAGCGUUAGUGAAACCCGCUAAACACAAGUCUAGUCCGGACGUGUCUGUCACUGUGCAGAGGUCAGAGGGGGUGGAGUCCCAGUGGACCAUCUGUAGCCCCAAAGCUCGAUUACCCUCUCCAUCUGACCACUUCAGUGAGUCAGAGGAGUCUGACUGCUCCAGUCCUAGUCCAAUUAUUUUCCUGGAUGAUGUAGGUUACCAAAAAAGUCUUUUAGCUAAACUGGACAUUCCUCAGGUGCCAGGGGGUCCCAGAGACCCGGUGGAAGACUCUGAUUCAGAGGUGAGUGAGUUUUUUGACAGUUUUGACCAGUUUGAUGACCUGGAUGAGCAGAGCACUGAGAGCACUCUGGCCCUGCCACUGGAUCCUAUAUCUGCACCAGCUACUCAAAAUAAGCCUGCUGAUGCCAGCACUGGCCGGGCAGCAACUAAGUAUGUGUCGAGGGGAUGUUCGACUAAAGGAAUGAACCCUCAGCGUUUUGAAGCCCCCACCCUUCCUGCUGAUGUGAAGAAACCCACUCCUCUCAAGCCUGGCUCUCCAUAUUCACACCAUUCAGAGUUACCAGAGUCUCCCAGACCAGUGCACACGCCCUCUGAUGAGAACGGAGGUCCACUCUUCAGCCCUGUCAGCUCAUCGGCCUUCAGUCCGCUCACAGAUGGCAGUGGAAAUCUGGAAUACUUUUGGAAAACAGAUGAAGAUGGCAAAGGAAACACAGAGCUGCGUAAACCCCAAGAUCUUUGCUCGUUGUAUAAAACAUAUUCAGACUUUGCCAGCAACAUGUCCAAAGAAAUAAUGGAGUCUGUUUGUGGCUUCCAGUCUGCUGUCGACAUUAGUGACAAUAAAAAUCUCAGCUGUGUCUGUCACAAGGAGUUCAAGAAUCCUUUGGGUCAUGUGAUGAAACUGUCAGAAAUCCAAGAGACAGUGACUGUUGCCAAAUUGCAGAAGACAUCCCAAUCUCUGAAGGACGGCAUCCAGAGGUUUGCUACAGAUCUGGUGGAAAUGAGCUUGGGCAGUGCUUUCCGAGAUCUUUCAAACAGUGUCUCCUCUUGCACCACAACUUUGUGUCAUCUUGCCGCAAGACUGACAUCGUCAGUGUUCCAAAUGGCAUUUCAUGAGAUUGGGAUGCGACAUGCCUAUGUGUUAAAAGAAAGAGCCAUCAAUGGGUUAGCUGGUUUCUUGGUGGGGGAGGCACUGUCUGUAGCUCUUACAGAAUUUUUAACAGUAAAAAAGCAAAUAUUUCACAACACUGUCACACGUUUUGCUGCUGAUUUGGCAGAGGAGCUUGUGUUUGAAGGCAUUAUGGAGGUGUGCCAGUUCUCCCACCCAUCAACUCCCCACACACCCAGUGAUCGGACCUUUGCUUUGGGCUCAGAAAUAGAGGAAGAGGAGGAGGAGGUAGUUUCCUCUUAUGCUUCUGACCUCUCUGAGUCAGUUCUACAGGAAGCCUUUAUUCAACUGUCCCAGGCUGAUGUAGCCUUUACCAGCCAAGCAGCUAUCAGCCUAUCUGUGGAUAAUAUGUGCUAUGUGAGUGCAGAGAACACUCACACUAGUAGUACAUUUGCUAAUCAGCAAGUUGUAACCAGCUCCAUCCAGUGCUCUUCAAAGAAAGACCCCACAUGUACAGUAAAGAAAGCUUUGCUCACAGUGUCUGGUAUGGCUAGCUGUGUUCCUGUGCCUAAUGCAGGUCAUGCUCUCUCUCAUGUUUAUGAACCAGAGGCAAGUUCUUCAGAAAACUCCCCACACUGUGCCCCUGACAAUACCACAUCCACACAAACUCCUCCCCUUAUACAUGAACAGGACCAAGCCAAGUCUCCAUUCCAAAACUUCUCUGGAAACAUGGUUGAUAAGAUGGUAACAGAAGCAUGUGAGCUGAUUACUGCCUCAAAGGUAAAGAAGAGCUUUGGUGACUGUGCAGAUUUUUUUAGUAAGAUUGGAAGUCAAAAAAGUUCAGAUCAAGGAAAUCCAGAUCAUUCAUUACAGUCAGUGGAGAAUAGAAACACUUUCAAAUAUGACUGUAAAGAAAGCGGUCUAAUACAACAUGUACCUGGACCCUCUCGGAGUUCCUCUUUGUGUCAAGGGAAAACCAGAAGUCACAUUGACCCCAGGAUCAGAAGUAUGGGUGAAACACAUCCCAUGUUAGACACACUAGACAUUCCCACUGUAAGUACACAAAGGAGGAGAUCAGUCCCUGUGGAUGAGUCAAACUCAGGCCAAAAGUCUGGUGGAACCCCUGGCACUCCUCCAUCCACACCUCAACAGCACAGUGAAGUAUCUAAGGAGAAGCAGAUAAAACAAUUUUCCAAAAAACUGAAAACCAAGCUGGCUAAAGAGUUCUCCCCAGCCACUCCACCUCCCACGCCACACUAUCAACCCGAGCCAGAUCCUAAACUGAAAGAUCCAUCUCCAGAGGCCGAAAAGGCAGAAUUUAUGCUAAAACUCAUGAGAUCUCUUUCAGAGGAGGCAGAGGGUAAUGAGAAUGAAGACGAUGAAGAAAUGCCAGAAGAGUCGGUGGUUUGUAUCAAAAACAGAAGUUUAGAGAUGGGACACAAGUCUUCCCGCCGAAUGACUAACAAAGAAGCUCUUCAUUAUGCUGAACGUUUAGCCUGCCAUAUUGUCUCUAUGGCAACAGAGAUGGACACUCUCGGAGUGUCUGAUGAAGAAGAAGUGAGCGGAGCAAGACGGAGAGAUAGCGUGGCUCAGUUUUCAGAGCAGACUCUGAAUGCGCUGUGGGUGUAUGCUGGAGAGGUGGCAGGAGAGGUUAUCAAUGAUGUCAAACGAAUGGUGAGCUCGGGACCGCAGUGUCCUUAUCACACAGCUAUGAGGAGGAGGAGCUACGACAGGUCUACCUCUGAGCGCUCCAUUCACACAGGGCAGAACAGGGCCGGCAGACUGGCAGAGCAGUGGUCCAGUGAUUUAAUAGCCUCUGUGCUGCGUUCCACUCCCUCCUCUUCUAGCACAGCCUCCAGCUCGAGCUCAGGGCUGUCGUCUGAAUAUCCCAGCUGUGAGAGUGUGACAGAUGAAUACGCUGGUUAUCUCAUAAAAGUGCUCAAGAAGGAAGGAGACAGCAGGGAACUUGUACUAGAUCAAUAUGCUAGCCGCUUAGCCUACCGUUCCAUAAAGCUGGGCUUGGCUCAUGCUAGCAGAAAGAUAAAGCAUAGAUCCUCUGGUGCACGUCUUAGUUUAUCAAAAUCCCUGACAGAUGAAUCAAAGAAGAGUGAGACAUUCUCAGCCAAACAGAAACCAGUGUCAGGAAUUAGCCCCUCUGCUGAGGAGUCUCAGUGUAGUUGUAAGUCAGAAGAGCAAAAUCAGAAAGACUAUGUGGACCUGGUGAACUUUGCAGAGUCCCUGGCCUACAAUAUCACCUGUGAUGUUUCACAGAAGAUGCAUCGCUCAUCUGUUCGCCUGCCAAAGUCUCUGACUGACUCUUGUCUUUAUAAAAAGUCCCAACUCAAUAACAUUGCUGAAAACCUGAUACGAAACUCUUUUUCCUGCCCGCUUUUAUCCAAAGAGGGUCAGAGGAGACACCAUCACAGCACGGGCAGCCUUUACGACAGCAGCUACAGCAGCAGGAUGAUGCAAGUGAUUGAACAUUAUGCUCGGAAGAUUGUUGAUGAUACACUAAAGAUGAGCUUCGCUUCCAUUGGUCCCAUUCCGGAGCAUCAGCGGAUACUAGAGCACACCAGGCACACUCACACACAGAGACUGUCUGAGGCAGCAGUGCUGGGGCACAACGUGAGGGAGAGAGCAUGUCACUAUUGUCAGCUUCAGGAGCGCCCCUUCUGCUCCAAGCUCAGCUCUCACCACCACCUUCCCUCUGUGUUCAAGAGGAGAAGGGGGCCAGAAGGUCCACCUCACUCUAGCAUGGACAUUCCUAAAAUACACAUAGAUAUGGACCGUAAAGCAGCAUUUGCUGAAGAAAUGGUCUCGAUGGCAAUGGAGGUGGCCAAACGUGAGCUGAGUAACACCAGUCUCAAUGCAGAUAGUGGUAUUGGAUACGAUGGCACAAGUUAUGCUGAAAGCCUGACUGCAGAGAUCAUGACCUCUGCUUUAACCAACGUCUGCCAGGCCACCAGCAGCAGCUCUCAGGGCCGGGAAGUCACAGAGUCAACAGUGUCCCAGCAGCUGAGUGUGGGGGAUGACAGUUUGGGCAGCUGGUCAAACCUGAGCUUUGAGGAUGAGCACCCAGACGACAACAGCAGCUUCCUCCAUCUCAGUGACAGCAAUGGGAACAGCAGUAGCUGGAGCAGUCUGGGCUUGGAGGGAGAGGCGUGCGAGGAGUGCCUGUCCUCCCCCUCAGACAGUGACCACAUAGAGGAUAAGGAGACGGAGAAUAAGGAUGAAUCUAGUGGGACAGUUUGCAUAGAUAGGACAGAGGUGCAGACUCCAAGGACUGCAUUGGUCAUUCUGAACACGGAUGUUAUGGAGCGUGUGCGGGGCCAUUCCAACAUGACUCUUGACCCCCAGCUCAGGAGCCUCCUACAGUGGGUGGCAGCCUCCAUGGUAGACAUACCCCAGAUCCAGCUCAUUCCAGACAGAGAACUGCAGCAGCUGCCAGCAGUGGUCCAGAGGCUGCGUGAGAAGAGGUGGCGGGUGGGGGAGCUGCUCCACACUCUGCUGCGCUACUGUGAGGACAGCCCAGCACAGAGCCAGCCUCUGCCCAGAGAGGAGGGUCUCCAGGCAGGCAGAGAAUCCACCCGAACCCCCCUGUUCCAGUGGCUCUUGGAGUAUGCCUAGGGUCCAUUGUUUUGUUUUUUCUUUCCUCUCAUUUCCAAUAGGGCUUUGCAAAUUCCAUUACUGCCCCUAGAGGGCAGCAUACAAAUUUGUUAUAAAAAAUGAUUGUCACCAUAUUUUACAUUUCAUGUAGUGCUCUAAAGUUCUGUAUUUACUUUUCCUACUUCCCUCUGUGUUUAUGUAGGUCUUUCUUCUUUUGGUUUAAUAGUGAACUGUUUCAUCCACCCCCUCCUUUACGUCCGUCUUGAACCCUUACUUCUAGGGCAACAGAAAGAAUGGAAGAAAAACAGGCCCAGCCCCUGUGUCUCAAACAGAGCGACGCAGGGGCUGAAGGAAGAAUGUUUUUGUUAGGGAAUCCCCAUCGCUGUCGGCCGAUGACGUCAUCAGCCACAGCUCACCUCUGCGGUGGUGUUCCCACAUGUUAUGAGACCAACAUUUACACACCACACCCUUUUAUUAUCAAUCAUAAAACAACCAGUCUAACAAUGUUGUCUGACACUGUUGUCUGACAGGUACCCCCCACUGACUUACAUUGUUACUGUUACACUUUACAUUCACACUAACUCAUCUGUAUCAACCUAUUUAAUCUAUUUGAGUUCACUGGCCUUGAGACUCUUGUAAACAGUUAUAGUAUGCUCAGUGUAAUCUUAAUGUCAAUAUUUGUGAUUGAUAUGUCGCCAGUCAUGAGUUCAUUAUGAGUUUGUUUCUUACAUUUUACAAUGUAAUCUUUCAUUAUCAAUUAUUACAUCCAUCAAACGAAUGAAGAAUAUCUAUAAUGAAGUUGCCUAUUGCUGAUAUUAGUGUUAAUACUGUACAAUUGCUUGCCUAGCAACAAUCUUGAUUUUGAAACUUAGUAAAAACCUGGAAUAAGUGGAAUAUACUAGUGCAAUCGAAAAUAUAUAUAUAUAUAUAUAUAUUUUUUAGAAUAUAUAAGUCAGAUGUGAAAUGCUGCUGAGUUAAGAAGGAAGCCAUGAUAUAGGCUUGAUGUUGCCAAAUGUUCCUUGUGACGUGACUCUCUCUUCUCCUUUCUGGUCACUACAGUCCAUAAAAUAUUUUGGUCCUCUCUGUGUCAGUGGACUGUUUUGGGAAGAUCCAGUGACGCAGAUAGUGUGUUUUAUGUAAUUACUGAUCUGCAGCUCUGAAACCACACACUAACGAACAUGUACGUAGCUCCAAGCAGGGCUCACCGGUCGCCCACGCUCCACUGUGCAAUGAAGGAAUGCACAAACCCCCACAACAACUGUUAGUCACCCACUGCUGCACACAGCACUAACUACUAACAUGCACUUUUUUAUAUUUUAAGAAGUGACCAUCUGUCUACUGACACUCGUAUAUAGAUUUAAACAUCUGUCUCUUAAAGUUUUGUUUUAUAUAUUGUUUAUUUAUAUUUAUUUACCUAAAAUAUAGCUAUACAGCCAAAUUUGGAAAACAGACAUUUUGAAGAUUUUGAAAAUUGUAACACACCAAGCCCUCACAUGUAUUAUUAUGAAUGAAGUGUUAUUGGCAGUGUUGACUUGCAUGGCAAAAUUACCAAUGCAUUUUUAAAAUCAAUUAUAUUGUUUUUAUAGUUUUGGCCUAUACAGUAACUGAACUGUCUAUAUAUUAACUACCAACACAGCUGUGUCCAUAAUAUGUGCCUCGGACUCAUAUGCUGCACAAACAUGCAUUUAUUGAAAGGUAAAUGUGUUAUAAUCUAUUGAACACAUUUUAGUUUUUCAGUUUAUUUUUCCAUAAGUACUGCACCUCUUGCUUUUAAAAAUACAUUUCUUUUUAUACAUCUUUCCCAGGCUUGAAAACUGGUGGAAGCUUGUCUGUCAACGAGAAUAAAACCAGACCUUCCGCGAUUUUACUGUGUCAACAUGAAUCUGUUGGCAAGCGUUGUUUUUCUUCAGUUUCUUAAGUGGGAGGAUGUCCAGUUAGAAAAUAGUAAAAUUUUGUGUGAGGAAAAUGUGUUAAAGCCUCUGUUAUCAGUACCAUGCAAAUCCAAUGGGGCGAGAAGGAGACAUUAUGCCAAGAUAAAUGUAGCUCUGUUUUCCUUUCUUCGUUAGAAAUACAAAUCUAUAUCAAAUCGUUUUCUUAGACAUAAAACAGACCUUCUCACCAUGUCCUGCCUCCACCAUUAAAAAGUAAAAUCCCCCACUCCAUAUUAAAUCAUUUUAAAUAAUAAAAAUAAUAUUUUCACAUGUUUUUUUUUAUUUGAAAACGUCACAGCUGCUAUAAAUUGAUUCAACAAAUACAUGAGUAGUUGUGGGUACUAAUUAAAUCUAUUGUAUGACUAUAUCUUAAUUAUCUGAAGUGUCAUGAAUUACAAUUGCAUACAUGUAUUCAUCACUAAGAAACAGCACAUAAUCAAUAAUACAUGGCACUUUUCAUGUGGUCCCUGGCACAAGUGUGGACAUCCAUUAUGGUUGAGCGCUAACAGUUUGUAAUGGACCAGUUUUUAUGCUUAAAUUCAGUAGGUUGCCAAAAGUAAAACAUUUUGUUCAGUAUGGUUUGUUUACUUUACACCUUCAAAUGAGUUUAUCACAAAAACAAUUCUUAUGUAUUUAAAAUGUAAUUAAAUAUUGAAGAAGUAUUUAACUCUUUCUUGGUUUACAUUGAAGAAUGUAUUGAAAUACAGUAUGUGGACACCGCAUCACAUUGUACAAACCUUUGAGUGUGCGUUGCCAAGGCAGUCCCCUCUAAUGCCUCCCCUGUGUUUUCUUUCUAUUUGAAGUUCCUGUGAUUCAGAUCUCCAGUGCUAUAUUGUUGUAUUGUGAACGCUGAAUGUGCAAAGACUCCAUGUAAAGGCAGAUAUUAUUAUAAAUCUGUUUUGCUACUGUUGUAAAAGUUUUGUUUUGCCUCUUUUGGCCACUUGCAGUAAAAAAAAAUGUACCUCAGCCACUCUAUUUUUCCUGCGCUAUUAACAAAUCCUGCCAAAUGAAUAUAUUUAUUAUGUAAGUUAUACACUGUCUGACAGAAAGUUCUUUAUUUGUCCCUAAAGUGACAUUGCUACAUACAGUAGUUAACACAUUCAAGCCUGAAGUCAAACUUUAAAGUUGCUUAUGUUGAAGCUUGGUGUGAGAAUAAAGCUUUUUCAUGUGCUCUUAA